ACUGGGAAGUAGGAAAUUUUCUUAGAAAAAGAUAUAGUAGUGUAGUUUUUAUUGUGUUGUUUCAUCCACUUUUCUUUAGGGGGGUUGGAUAUAUCACGGUUAUAUAGAUCAUGGGUCCAGUUAGCAAAGGUGAUUCUGGUGAUGUGACAUUACCUCUACCUCCUUUGUCAAGUGCUGAUGGUGACUCAAUAAAGGUGUUUGUUAGAGUGCGUCCCCCUUCAGAUGGUACCACGCUUCUUGAAGAUGGAAAAACAGGCUUGUGCUUGUCUGUGCUGUCAUCUAACACGCUACGAAUCCAUUCCAAGCCUGAACCAAAGCUUUUCACUUUUGACUGUGUUGCAGAUGUGGACACUAACCAAGAGGAUGUGUUCUCAGCUGUUGCAAAGAAUAUUAUUGAAUCGUGUGUGAAUGGAUAUAAUGGUACCAUCUUUGCAUAUGGGCAGACUGGAUCUGGGAAGACCUUUACAAUGUUAGGACCAUCCGAGUCUGAUAAUUUCUCCCAUAAUCUAAGGGGCAUAAUCCCUCGAAGCUUUGAAUAUCUGUUUUUUCUCAUCAACCGGGAGAAAGAAAAGGGUGGCCAAGAAAAGAAUUUUCUCUGUAAGUGCUCCUUUAUUGAGAUCUACAAUGAACAAAUUUUUGACCUCCUGGAUUCUGCCUCACCUGGGCUGCUUCUGAGGGAAAAGCUCACAAAAGGUGUCUUUGUGGUGGGAGCUAAUGAGCCUGUGAUAAAUUCAGCUGCUGAAGCCUACCAGGUGCUGUCAGUUGGUUGGCGUAACCGUCGUGUUGCAUCAACAUCAAUGAAUAGAGAGUCUUCCAGAUCUCAUGCUGUUUUUACAGUCACAAUUGAGUCCGUGGAUUCUAAUGGUGGCAUUGUUAACCAUCGGUCCUCACAACUAAACCUGGUGGAUUUAGCAGGAUCUGAGAGACAGAAAGAUACUCAUACAGAAGGAGUCAGACUAAAGGAAGCCAGCAGCAUUAAUCGAUCUUUAAGUUGUCUUGGCCAAGUCAUCAUGGCACUAGUUGAUGUAGCCCAUGGAAAACAGAGGCACAUUUGUUACCGUGACUCCAAACUUACAUUUCUUCUACGGGACUCUCUUGGAGGAAAUGCAAAGACCUACAUAAUUGCUAAUGUCCACCCUGGGUCCAAAUGCUUUGGUGAAACUCUCUCAACACUUCAGUUUGCUCAACGGGCAAAGCUGAUCAAAAAUAAGAGGACUCUGCGAAUGUUGGCAGGUGAUAGCUUAUCUUAUGAUUUGAUUGAGGCAUUGAAAGCACUGAAUGAAAGUACUGGUAUACAGUAUGUUCACUUGUUAAUCGAAGAAAACAAGUGGACUUUGUCCCUACCUGAAGAUUUUACAUACAAGUUGCUGGAUGCUUCCUUGGACAGAGAUGCUGUUUGGUCCAACAUCUGCAAAGAUUUUUCAAAAACAUACAGGAGAGGUAAAGUAGGAGAGUCCAGAAAUGAUUCUUGUAAUGCUUUUCGGCAUGGUCGAGACAGCAGUAGUUCUCAUCUUAUUCAUACGGCAAAUGCUGUACAAGAAACAGUGGAUGAAGUAGAGUACAGAAGCCAUUUUCUAGAAGCCAUGCAGUUUCUAGAAAGAACUGAAAGUGAAAAAAAGAACCUUCUCGAAAAAGUGGCUAAACUAGAAGAGCUUUCCACAAAAAAAGAAAUGUUCAUUCAGUCCAGCAAAAUGAUUGUGAAGUUCCGAGAUGAUCACAUAGCUCGUUUGGAGAAAACAUUGAGAGAGAAUGCAUGCACUUUACCUGCUGAAGACAAGGAUGCUCAAAUCAGCGAGCUCAUCCGAGAGAUAAAAGCCUUAAAAGAACAGUUCGGUCAGCUUUGGGAGACCUGUGUUACUGCCUGCAGUUCUCCUAAUGGCCAGUUGCCCCCUAAAAAGGCCUUUGGGAAGUAUAAUGUUCUUCAGUCUUUUAAAUCUUUAUACAGUCUUCCCAAACCUCUCCCAGUAGCAUUAGCUUUAGUUAAUUCUGCUGCUGCUGCUAAGCAUUUAGUUAAUUCUAAUCCUACACUUUCUGAUAAGGCUGGGAAGGUGAUUGGUAUGCCAGUUCACUCAACUCCAAUAAACAAUGAAAGCAUCUCCUCAGCAUCUGUAGAACGUAUGAAAGCCCGUCUUCUUCAAGCUCAAACUGAGCUUACCACAUUAAAGCAAGAAUUUGAAGAAUACAAAGAAAUAACUAGGAAAACCUCUCGAGAACACGAAUCUGAGCUUGGAUCCUGUCAAAAAAUGAUUAAACAACUGGAGAGUAUUUUGGAGGCAACUAAAGCAGUUAAACGUCAUGAAGUGUCUAAGCUGAACAAAAUGCAUGCAGAAGUACUUAAGAAUAUAACUACUCCAACUAAAGGAUAUGACCUCCGCUCCAGAUUGAUACCACGGUUAAGUCCUGAAGGGGAGUGCAAUGGUUAUCUUCAUAUAGAAAGCCCAGAGAGCCCAGAGGUUCCUGUGGACAUCAUUAAUGAACCUAUGCCUCCUGAGAUGAGUGAACAAGCAUAUGAAGCUAUUGCUGAGGAACUUAAGAUGGUACAGGAACAAGUGAUAGCUUUACAGACCAAAUUGGAUGAAGAAGAGAGCAAAAGCAUGAAGCUUCAGCAACAGACUGAGAAACUGGAAUGUCACUCCAAAGAUAUGGAAGAGUUGUUUUCAUCUGAAAAAGCAAACUGGAUGAAAGAACAAGAAGAGCUUCAUACUCAAAUAAAAUCAUUCGAGAAUCAACUUCAAGAUUUUGAAAAGAGGAAUGAAGGAAAGUUGUUAGGUGCACUUGAUGUAUUUAAUACUGAUACAUUGUAUUACAGUGCAGGAGAAAGGAUACAGUUUGGACAUCCUUUUGGUCAAAAGAGAAAUAUUCUUAAGGGGCAAAUUAUUAGGACCAGCAGGAUGACCUCUGAAGACGUAGACUUUUACAAAGAUAGUGAAUAUGUUAAGAACAUGUUUAAAGAAAGGGGAUACCCAGCCUACCUUAUAGAAGAAGUAUAUAAGGUAGUACUAGAGGGUAGAAAAGGGAGAUUUGCCCCCAUUUUGGGACAAGGUGAUUCUAGUAAUCUUGUCAACUAUAGUGACCCUAAGUUGUUUUCAUCUGAAAAAGCAAACUGGAUGAAAGAACAAGAAGAGCUUCAUACUCAAAUAAAAUCAUUCGAGAAUCAACUUCAAGAUUUUGAAAAGAGGAAUGAAGAGCUGAAGAGUGAAGUCUUUGACUUAAGAGUUGUUCUUCAGUCAGCAGACAAGGAACUUCUGUCUGUAAAAAAUGAAUACAGCUCUUAUAAGCGAACCCAUGAGGCUGAACUAAGCCAGUUGUCAUCCAAACUCAUUGAUGUGGAGCUUCAGCUUGAUAAUGUCAGGUUAGAUCAUGAGCAAGUACUGGAUGAAAAGAGAUCCCUGCAAGAUGCCCAUGAUAAUCUGCAAGAAGUAAUGCAGUAUGAGGUCAAUCAACUAAAAGAGCAGCUUAAAGAUACCCAGCAAGAAAAUUAUGAUCUCAAAUGCCAAGUUGGGAAUCUACAGGAACUUCUGGAAACCGAAAGGGAAUGCAACACCAAAAUGAGCUGUCAAUUAGAAGAACACAAAGAGAGCAACUCAAAGGAACUACUUAAAGCUAUUGAUGAAUGUGUUCAACUGAAGAAGCAGUCCUGUGAGUUAACAGCAAGGUGUGAACAGCAGGCUACCAUGAUACAGAAACUGGAACAGAAUUUGUCAAGCAGCAAAGAUACCAUUGCAGUUCUUGAGAAGGCUCAGGUAGCUGACAAGGAAGCUCUUACUGACCUGAUGAACCAGAUUCAGAAGCUAAAGGCAUUUAUUUCCCAUCAAACUGAGAGCCUGACUUUGCUUACAAGAGAAAAAGAAGAUAUCAGUUCAAAGUAUAACUCUGAAAUAGUGGCCAAAGAAGAAUAUAGAGAAGUUAUUGAAAAACAAGAGAAGCAAAUUGAGGAACUGAAGGAAAAAAUGGAGAGGAUUAUAGCCUCUGGUAAGAUUGAGAGAGAACUGCUGUCAGAAGAAUUAGCCUAUGGUUCUGAACAGCUGGAGAAAUUGCUACAUGACUUUAACAAACAGGCUGAAAUGUUGCAGGCAUGCCAGACGGAUGUACAGUGCAAGGAAAAUAUAAUCCAGGACCUUCAGCAGCAGUUAACUCGGAAGAAGGAAGACCUUGAGAAAAUCAAGAAUGAACUUGAACAGCAUCUGACGACUGAAUCUGCUGCACAGAUCACACCUACUACCCCAAGGACGCCCAGGACGCCCAGUAAUUUGGGAGCAGACUUGGUGAAGAUACUAGAAUCUAAUGAGAAGGAACUAAGAGAAAGGAGGGAAACCAUGGCAGCACUGGAGCUGCUUGUGACAGAGUUACACACUGAGAGAAUGGAAAAAAAUGAAGAAAUACUGAGACUGAAGGGUCAACUUUGUGAGAUGGAGAACAUGCGCAUAGAAAUGCAAACUUGGAUUAGCCAGUGCCACGAUCUGCAGAGCAAGUUGGAAGAAUGUGGUCAGAGAAAAGCAGUCAACAGUGAUGAUAAAGCGUCAGUCAAGCCACAGCAGAAACCAGAGACUGAGAAGGAGUUGGAAGAAAAAGAAAAAAUGGCAAAGGAAAUUGAAGUCUUGAGGAAACAAGUGGAGAACUUAGCAGAGGAAAAUGGGAAAUUAGUAGGGCAUCAGAAUUUAAACCAGAAAAUACAGUACCUGGUGAAACUUAAAAAAGAAAAUGCCAGACUUAUUGAGGAAGCUGAAGUUCUACGGCGUGAAAAUAAGAAUUUGAAAGAAAAUUCCAAGAAGCCUGAACUGAUGCUAUAAAUGGCAUAUUUAUUGUUUUCUAUGAAAACGUAAUAUUUGGGAUAAUCAGACUCCUUUUCAUCAAAAAUCUGUUUGGAUUUUGCCUGCAAGACAGGAAUUUGCAAAGGACCAACACCUUUACAGCAAUUAGACUAGAGUAAUAUUGAUUUCAGAUGCUUGCAAUAAAUGCCCUGUAUUCUGCCAUUUCUUAUCCUUUCUUUGUGGCUCAGCUUUGUAUAGGUUUGUCCAUCUUAACCGAUUUCAAGAAAAUGUAAAUAUUUAUAUUGGUAACAAAACAAAAAAGUUUUAUAUGUGCUGUGAUUUCUGACCGAGAUUAUCCUAUAGGUCAUUGUCAUGUACUUAACAGUUCUGCUGAAUGUAAUGGUUUUAUAAAGUAUAAAAUGUGUAUGUAAUA